GAGAGAGCCUCGUCUUCAACCUCCGGCAAAGCAUUUUUAACUGAAUCAAUGAAAAACUGCGAAGAAUCUAACCCAGAAAUCAUCGAAACCUUCACUCGGACACAAAACAGAGAGAGAGAGAGAGGGAGGGAGAGAUAGCCCAACUCAAAAAAGUGAAAAAGGGUUUUUUGUCCACACUUGCUGAGGAAUAACCAUCAGUAGCAACAUCUUUUACCACCAGCCCCAGCAAAGAAUCUCAAUCCCUCAUGCAGAUAUAAGGAUAUGCGCUCGCUCUCUCUGUCUCUCUUCUUUCUCUCUCUAGCGAUUUUCUCUAACUAUUUGCAGAAUGAUUAGCAAGCAAGGAGAAGCAAACAACCAGCUCCGGCAGAACUAGCGGCUCCCCCAUUUGCCUCAUUAUUGCUUGCUGUGCCUAGGAGAGGAGGAUGAGGAUGUUGUUCCCGACCACCUGCAUUCUCCCUGCGUGCAUCUUCUUCGUCUCUCUCUCCCUCUCGGCUGCUAUGAACCUCACCCUCCCUCACCAACACCCGGACCCUGAAGCUGUUGUCCAAGAUGUGCACAGGAGACUGAAUGCCUCCCUCUCAAGAAGACUCCUGUCCUCGUCCUCCUCGUCGUGUGGCACCGGCAACCCCAUCGACGACUGCUGGCGGUGUGACCCGAACUGGGCCUCGAACCGGCAGCGCCUGGCAGACUGUGGCAUUGGGUUUGGGCAGUCGGCGCUGGGUGGUCGUGACGGGCGCAUCUACGUGGUGACCGACUCCUCGGACUUGGAUGUGGUGAACCCGAAACCGGGGACGCUCCGGUUCGGGGCCAUCCAGGACGAGCCCCUGUGGAUCAUCUUCUCCGCCGACAUGUUGAUCCGGCUCAAGCACGAGCUCAUCCUCAACAGCUUCAAGACCAUCGAUGGCCGGGGGCACAACAUCCAAAUCACAGGCAACGGCUGCCUCACCGUCCAAUACAUCUCCAACAUCAUCAUCCACAACGUCCACAUCCACCACUGCAAGCCCUCCGGCAACACCAACAUCCGAUCGUCGCCGACCCACGUCGGGUGGCGCGGGCGAUCCGACGGGGACGGGAUAUCGAUAUUCGGGGCGUCGCACAUAUGGGUGGACCACUGCUCGCUGUCGUACUGCGCGGACGGGCUGAUUGACGCAAUCAUGGGCUCGACGGCAAUCACGAUAUCGAACAGCUACUUCUCGCACCACGACGAGGUGAUGCUGCUGGGGCACGACGACAAGUACGCCCCGGACACGGGGAUGCAGGUGACAAUCGCGUUCAACCACUUCGGGGAGGCGCUGGUGCAGCGGAUGCCGCGGUGCCGGCGGGGCUACAUCCACGUAGUCAACAACGACUUCACGGCGUGGGAGAUGUACGCCAUCGGCGGCAGCGCCAACCCCACUAUCAACAGCCAGGGCAACCGCUACACGGCGCCCGUCGACCCCAACGCCAAGGAGGUGACAAAGCGCGUGGACACAGAGGAGAACGAGUGGACGGACUGGAACUGGAGGACGGAGGGGGACGUCAUGGUGAACGGCGCCUUCUUCGUGCCGUCCGGGGUCGGCCUCAGCGCUCAGUACUCCAAGGCCUCCAGCAUUGAGCCCAAGUCUGCUGGCCUCAUCAACCAGUUGACCAUGAACGCUGGCGUCUUCGGCGAUCCUAGGGACAACAGCGCCGGCAUAUCUUACCCGGGGUUUGCUGGGGGCGGGACCAGCACGGGCUCCUCCACCGACGGUGCCGUCGGUGCAGGAGGUGGGUCUGACGGAGGGGAAGGUGACUACUUUGGAAUGAUAUUCGGGAGCGAUGCGCCACCAGCACAUUCAUCAGCUACCUCAAUCCUUUUGUUUUUACUAAUCAUUUUGGUUUUGUACACUAGUACCAACCGUGGUGCUCUAUUAUCAUUGCAAUUGUUGACAUUGUAGAAACAUUGCCAAAGAAAAAAAAAAAUUCAUGU